UUUUCUGAACUCUGACCUCUGUGCUUGUGUCUCUGAUCGGAGCUCAUUUGAGGAGGAUUCUGCUGGUUAGAAAAUGAAAGUAUUCCUUCAGAUGAAUGGAUGGUUACGGCUGUUUCACUAGCUACGCAGCAGCUACACUCACUCUUUAAUACGAUUUGCGGACGCAGCGCGUCACACGGCUGCUGUCAGAUAACAUGACUUCAUGUGUUUUGUUAUGCUACAUAGCUAGUUAACUGUUGGCUAGUCAGCUAGCUAGCAGGCUCUGUCACCGCCAUAUAACUUCUAACAGUCUAUGGUCACCGCUAAUAGUGUUAACGUUAACUUAAAAAAGCGUUGCUGUCAAGUCUGAAUAACACCCGGCUUUACAAAUUAGAGUAAAUACGAUGACCAGCAACCAGUUCUUUCUCCGGGAUUCAUGACCGUCCCUCUGUCACAAUGUAUUCGAGGCCAAUUUUACCAAAAAACGGAACAAGCCGCCCUGAAGUAGUUAGUAAUAACAGUGAGCUAACGUUAGCUAACCUGAGUUAGCCAGGUUACAGCUCACCGUGUCUGUCGCCAACAUUUCAAGUACCUGGCAGUGUGAAGUACGGUCUUGGGCGAGCUAACUGGACAACCAUCAGCUAACCGGGCUAGUUAGGAUAACUUUACCAUUUUCUAGCAUCAACGGUUAGCGGCGGGAUAACGUUUCCAGCGACAAUGGCUAAUGUUACAGACCUUCAAACAAAAUACAGCAAGCUGGCGCAGGAGUACUCCAAGCUGCGUGCCCAGAACCAGGUGCUGAAGAAGGCAGUUGUGGAUGAACAAGCCAACUCUGUCUCACUAAAGGAGCAGCUGAAGCAGAGGGACCAGAGCCUGAGGAAGCAGGAGCAGGAGAUGGACAGUCUCAGCUUCAGGAACCAACAGCUGGCCAAGAGGGUGGAGCUGCUGCAGGAGGAGCUAGCUGUCAGUGAAGCCAAGGGCAAAAAGGGGAAGAGUAAAGGAGACUCUCCCUCACAACAUGGCCUGGAGACCCAGAGUGUUUUUGAUGAGGACCUGCAGAAAAAGAUAGAAGAAAAUGAGCGACUUCAUAUCCAAUUCUAUGAAGCAGAUGAGCAGCACAGGAGGCAGGAGGCCCAGUUGAGGGCACGGCUACAGGAGCUGGAGAAAGACUCCGAGCAACACCAAGCUGUUGUGGACGGACUCACCACUAAGUCCAUGGAAACAAUUGAGCGGCUGCAGAGCGACAAGGCACGUUUAGAGGUGAAAGCACAAACCCUGGAGAGGGAAGCAAAAGAGUGCAGAAUGCGAACAGAAGAGUGUCAGCAGCAGUUGAGGCGGUGCCAGACAGAGCUGAACAGACAGGUGAAACAAAGCAGCAGUGUUAUCCAGGAGAAAGUGCCCUUCAAUGACACCAAAUUUAGCGACUAUAACAGCCUAAAUGUGCCACCACACAAUCGAAGGCACCAGCUUAAAGCCCGGGACUUGGCAGGUCAGGCCCUGAGCUUUAUUCAGGACCUGGUGGCUGCACUGUUGAACUUCCACUCCUACACAGAACAAAGAGUGCACAUCUAUCCUCUGGACUCCUCCAUCGAGCCCAUCUCCCCUCUUAACCAGAAGUUUUCUCAGUAUCUACAUGAGAAUGCAGCCUAUGUGCGCCCCCUGGAGGACAGCUUUCUGCAGUUACACCAAAGCAUCACAGAGGACACUGUCACAGCACUGGAGACUGUGGUCAAGCUGAAGAGCUUCGCUGAUAAUUUCUCCUCAUACACCCACUUUCUGCAAAAGAUUCUUCCCUAUCAGCUGAAAAGCCUGGAAGAAGAGUGCGAGGCACCUAUUUGUACUGCUGCCCUUACUGUGAAAAACCAGGAGCUUCAGAGCGACAUGAAGAGAGUGACUUUUGUGUUUGAGAAACUGCAGAACUACAUUAACCUUUUGGCCUUACCCAGUGUUCGGCAGGAUGCCAUGCCACAGAGCAGUACCUCAGCUGUCUUCACCCAGCUGGCUGCCUGCCUACACAGUCUUCACGAUGCCAUUAAAGAGAUGUCAAAGCACUACAACCAGAAGGCUGGCUUAGAGCAGGAUCUCCCCACCGUCACCCAGAAGCUCUGCACCACCUCAGAGUGCCUGCUGGGAUCUUUGGGCUCUCUGACCAGCAGCACCGGCAAGAUUGCCACUUUUUUCAGCAACAACUUGGACUUUUUCACAUCAUCAGGCUACAGUCCAAGAGGCAGCACAGUAGCCCUCAACCCUUUGCAAGCAGAGAGUAUGCUGGCCAACAAAAAGAAAGCAGCUGCCUAUAUCCAUGCUAUCAAAAAGCCCAGGCCACAGUCCGUUCCAUACAGAGAAGCCCUGUCAAACCGUCGUAUACUUACCAGCUCCACUGAGAGCAGAGAAGGUCUCACUCAGCAGGUGCAGCAGAGCCAGGAGAAGAUUGCUCGGCUGGAGCAGGAGAAGGAGCACUGGCUCCUGGAGGCCCAGCUGGGGAAGGUGCGGUUGGAAAAGGAAAACCAGCGCAUUGCGGACCUGGAAGCACAGCUCGCAGCAGCUCUAGGGGGAAGUCCAAACUCACAAACAGCUGCAGCCAGCACACUCGCACAGAGCCAUGAGGAAGCAGACAACGAGCAGAAGGUUGCAGGGAUAGAGACAACGCUGUGCACCAGCCUGGUUGGCAUGUUGUGCACAACACCUACAGUUGAGCAUGUGGGAGACGACGAGUCCAGGGAGCAGCUGAUAAAAAGUCACUAUAUGGCCAGAGUAGGAGAGCUCACCACCCAGCUCCAGAUUUCAGACAGCAAAGCUGUGCACUUCCACUCUGAGUGUCGAGCUUUGGCCAAGAGAUUAGCCAUUGCAGAAAAAUCACGGGAGACUCUGAGCGAGGAGGUCAAACUGGCUAACCAGAACAUCACACGCUUGCAGGAUGAGCUGGCUACAACGAAGAGGAGCUACGAAGACCAGCUCAGCAUGAUGAGCGACCACCUGUGUAGUAUGAAUGAGACUUUGAGCAAGCAGAGAGAAGAAAUCGACACGCUCAAACUGGGCAGCAAGGGAAACGCCAAAAAGAACAAAGGACGCUAGAGCUGCCCUCAAAACUCUGGCUCCAUUUGGCAUCAAAAAGGGGACCUUGAGAGAAAAUCUGUUCUGUGGAGCCUCCCAGUAGAGUCCUGGUACCAACACUGUCACCAAACUGCAGGACGACUACAUGAUCCUCAGAUUCCUCCACUGUCAGGCAGUGGCAAUACAAAUGAAACUGUAUGGAGGCUUGAACAUGUUUGACUGAAGAAGCUUCUUUUUUCCCUUUUCCUCGUCACAGCGCCAGUUAUAACACAACAUAAUUUGCUAAAGAUGCUUUCCGAAACAGUACCGGAAGCUGCUGCUUGACCUUUUGGCCGAAGCACGGUGGGAAAGAGACAGCUUUUCCCCAAAAGGCACGGAGGAAGAUAAACAGCUGAAACAGUUGAAGUUGGUAAUGCUCACUGAAGUCAAGACUUGAAGACCAAACCCUGUUGAUCAAUGUGUGUAUUUUUCCUGCUUAACGUACGUGUGAGAGAUUCUUACUGCUUAUCUGUGGGAAACAGAGUAAAUGUUGGUGUGGCUGUAUGUGUGCAGAGUGUUUCAUUGUGUGACUGUGGCACACGUCAGUAUUGUUUUACACUUAGAUUUUUUUUAGAUCAAAUUCGAGAUGAUUUGCUCAAGUGGUUCCAAGGGCCUGUAUGUCCACAUACAGCAUAAUACCCCCGUAUAAAACAUGCGUAUAUCACAAACUUCUUUAAAGAAGGGCUUUAAAACCUGAAUGAACAACCAACAAAAGACACACUUGAAUUCAUUCCUCAUUUAGGAAACUGUUUAGUCCUCUGGGAGUGGAGAAAAGAAAAGAUGUCUGCCUUGAAGCACUGAUUAACUGUGUUUACCUAGACGAAAAGGGUAGGAUGGACAAGUCAGAGCUCGUAAAAUGGUGUUAGUCUGUCUCUGUGAAGUUACUUUGUAACAAUAGUUGUUUUUAUCACCAAAGUAAGUGUGGAUGUGCACUCAGAAGCCUGGUGUGGCACAAUGGUCUCUUAAUUCAUGUUGUAAUAUGUUUGGACAAAAAGGGUUAUGUGAAUAUACACUCAUUUGAAAUCAUGAUAUAAUUGUAUUGUAUAAUUUCUAAAUAUAUAUAUAUAUAUCUAAAUGUGUGUGUGUGUACACACAUACACAUUCAAAAAGGCAUUCAUUCAGAGGUUACAAAUCUUUAUUUUCCACAAAAUUCGAAAAACUGAAUCUGCAGUUUUUUGUGUGUCUCCUAUAAGGCUGGAUUAGUGGGAAGUUUCAUGCAGGGGUUGGCCCAUACUGUAAUGGGUGCUUAGACAACCUGAUUCAUGAGUCAUGGCAGAGUGCAGUUAAAGUUUACAGUAAAAUAGAAGCGCUUUUGUUUGUAGUGACAUAAGGUAAAUGGAAAAAAAGCCCAGCAGUGUCUGAGAAGUUCGUUCAAACCUCUUGUUUGCCUGUCUACACCUGCCAGCAAACCUUUGACCACAAAAUGUUGCCAACGCCCCCUAAACUGAUAAAGAAUAAUACUUGUAUUCUCACAAUGUAACCUGUUCAAAAGCACAUAUAAAUAUGAAACAAAAUAAAAAGCUUGUUCAACAUUUAAA